CAGGCUUCAACCACGCCCACGUGGCCGUGCCGAACAGGGGUGGGGGGGGAUCAUCAGCAGGCUGGCACUCACCACACAGACAGCAGCAGCAGCAAGUCCCGGAGUAGCAAAUCAGUUUUUAAGAGCCUCCGCCUCCCCAAGCACCAAUUUGCCGUAGCUAACGACUGUAGGCUGUUCGUGGUAACGCGGCCGGUUGGGCGGUGCUGUGACGAACGCCUUUAGCAGGCAGCGUGAAAGACCUUCCAUAAGCCACGGGGCUGGUUUGAGAAGCUUAGCGUCGCUCGAAACGUCUGAGCGGUCUUCCCACCCUCCCUCCCUCCCCGUGUUUUGGAGGAGAGGUGCAAGCGGUUGUAUUUUUUAAUAUCUCACGAAAGGAGUUGGAAUCUUUGGAGAGGCUCGUUUAUGCAAACAGCCCCCCCCCCAGGAGGAGGGGGCUGCCCCCCACCCCCCCAGUUUGUUUUAAGUCGUAUUGAUUGACGCGAGUUAUAGUUUUAGUGUGUGAAUCGGCAGCCGCCCCAAGCGGGUUGGCUCCAUUGCCCUGAGUCCGCGAUGGAGGAGCGGAUGAAGAUUCUGGACAAGUUGGUCCGGGACUGCCACUCGCGUGUGGGCGCCGGGACACUGCUGGAUGGCUUUGAGGCCUUGGUGCAGGACCUGGACUUCCCGGCGUUGCGCAAGAACAAGAACAUUGAAAGCUUCCUCAACAGAUAUGAGAAGGCGGUGGGCAAGGUGCACGACCUGCGCAUGAACGUCCACGACUUCGAGCUCCUCAAGGUGAUCGGCAGAGGAGCCUUCGGUGUGGUGCAGCUGGUGCGGCACAAGCAGACACGGCGCGUCCACGCGAUGAAGCGGCUCAACAAGGGCGAGAUGCUCAAGCGCUCCGACUCGGCCUUCUUCUGGGAGGAGAGGGACAUCAUGGCCUUCGCCAACAGCUCCUGGAUCAUCCAGCUGUUCUCGGCGUUCCAGGACGAGCGCUACCUCUACAUGGUGAUGGAGUACAUGCCGGGGGGUGACCUCGUCAGCCUCAUGAGCAACUACGACGUCCCCGAGAAGUGGGCACGCUUCUACACGGCCGAAGUGGUGCUGGCCCUCGACGCCAUCCACUCCAUGGGCUUCAUCCACCGGGACAUCAAGCCGGACAACAUGCUGCUGGACAGGCUCGGCCACCUCAAGCUCGCCGACUUCGGCACCUGCAUGAAGAUGGACGCCGAGGGCAUGGUGCGCUCCAACACGGCGGUGGGCACGCCGGACUACAUCUCCCCCGAGGUUCUCAAGUCGCAGGGCGGGGACGGCUACUACGGACGCGAGUGCGACUGGUGGUCCGUGGGCGUCUUCCUCUUCGAGAUGCUCGUCGGCGACACCCCGUUCUACGCGGAGUCGCUCGUGGGGACGUACAGCAAGAUCAUGGAUCACCGCAACUCGCUCUGCUUCCCGGACGACGCCAGCGUCUCCAAAGAGGCGCGCAGCCUCAUCUGCGCCUUCCUCACCGACAGGGAGGUUCGCCUAGGGCGGACCGGCGUGGAUGAGAUCAAGAGGCACCCGUUUUUCCGCAAUGACCAGUGGACGUGGCAGAACAUCAGAGAGACCGUCGCCCCCGUGGUGCCCGAGCUGGCGAGCGAUGCGGACGCCAGCUGCUUCGACGACAUCUCCGAGCAGGAGAAGGCCGAGGAGGAGGCCUUCUCCGUGCCCAAGGCCUUCCUGGGCAACCAGCUUCCGUUUAUCGGCUUCACGUACCACAGCACCUACCGCGUCGUUGGUCGUGUCGAUGGACGUGUUGGCGACGACUGCAGGCUGCUGGAUACCGACGAGGUGGACACGCCGUCUGGACGAGGAGGUGGCACAACGACUCGAGGAGACAACCAGACCAAGGAGCAGCAGGUGGAGGCCCUGAAGCAGAAAGUUAUCCAACUGGAGGAGCAGCUGCACGCGGAGAUCCAGGCCAAGGAUGAGAUGGAGCAGAAGUUCAGGUCGACCAACGUGCGCCUGGAGAAACUUGUCACCGAGUGGGACACGGAGGUGAGGGGGCGCAAGGCCCUGGAGGCGGCUCUGCACCAGCUGGAGCGAGACAGGGCGCUAAUGCAGCACCGGGCGGCGGACGGGCAGCGCCGUGCGGAGCAGGAGUCGGAGAGGAGGCGCGCCCAGGAGGCCGAGGUGUUGUCGCUCAAGGAUCAGCUGGAGGAGACUCGCAAGCGGAACCAGAGCUCGCAGGCGUCCAGCGAGAGGGUCGUCCAGCUGCAGAAGCAGCUGGAGGAGGUGACGUCCCUGCUCAAGGCGGAGGGGGAGGGCUCAGCGCGGCUCCGCAAGGCGCAGGCCGACUCGGCGCGCUCGCUCGCCUCCCUGGAGGCCGCGCACUCGGAGCUGCAGGAGAAGGCCCGAGGACUGGAGGGCAUCAAGCUGGCGCUGGAGAAGGAGCGCAUCUCGCUGCAGUCGGCGCUGGAGGCCGAGCGGAGGGACCGCACCACCGGGCACGAGGCGUUCACAGAGGCACAAGGUCGCGUGUCUGCACUGGAGGAGGAGGCUCGGGGCCUGAAGCUCAGCCUGACGAAGGCCGAGACGGAGAGCCGGCAUCUCCAGGAGCGACUUAUCGACCUGGAGAAGGAGAAGAACGGCGCGGAGAUCGAGCUGAGCUUACAAGCUGCGUGCCGCUCAGCAGAGCCUCGAGCACGAGGGUGGCGGCGCACCGAGCCACGAUGGCGCGGCUCGACGACAAGCACACGUCCAUCGAGGGUGCCAAGUCGCAAGCCGUGCGGCGAGACGGAGAAGAUGGUGGCGGAGGAGCGGUCGUGGCGCCAGCGCGCCGAGGCGCACGCCGUCGCGCUGGAGAGGCGCCUGCACGAGGCCGAGUGCGACGUGCGGCAGGCUCGGCACAAAGCGACGCAGCUCGGCCUCAGCCGGGAGGCGCUGGAGGAGCAGGUGAAGACGCUGUCGCUGAAGGUGGAGCAGGAGGCGCAGCGGAGGCAGCUGACGCAGGGCGACCUGAAGCAGCAGGCGCAGCAGGCGACGGCGCUGCGCACGAGCGAGAAGCAGCUGAAGCAGGAGAUGAACGCGCUGCAGGAAGCGCGCAUCGCUCUGGAGAAGCAGCUCGCUCACAUGCGCAGGGAGAAGCAGGACAACGAGGGGCAGAUGCGCGAGCUGCAGGAGCAGCUGGAGGCUGAGCACUACUUCUCCACGCUGUACAAGACGCAGGUGCGGGAGCUGAAGGAGGAUGCCGAGGAGAGGCUGAGGGCGUGCAAGGAGCUCCAGACGCAGGAGCAGGAGCUGCGCAACGAGCGGGACUCUCUGGCGGCUCAGCUGGAGCUGACGCUGACCAAGGCGGACUCGGAGCAGCUGGCGCGCUCCAUCGCGGAGGAGCAGUACUCGGACCUGGAGAAGGAGAAGAUCAUGAAGGAGCUGGAGAUGAAGGAGAUGGUGACGCGGCACCGCACCGAUACCGGGGACCUUGAGGCACAGCGCUCCGCCCUCGCAGAGGCCAACAAGAAGCUGACGGACGGCAUCGCGGCUCUGACGGCCGAGAAGGAGGAACUGACGCAGAAGUUCACCGCGAUGCAAGAAGAGCUCGACAGCCUGAAGAGGGAGCAUGCGAAUCUGUCCAUCGUCAAGGCUCAGGUGGAGAAGCAGCUGCAGGUGGAGAAAACGCUCAAGACUCAGGCCGUGAAUAAGCUGGCGGAGGUGAUGAACCGCAAGGACAUGAAGAUGGACCGACGGCAGGCGAGCGCCACCGACCUGAAGCGCAAGGAGAAGGAGAAUCGCAAGCUGCAGCUGGAGCUGAACCAGGAGCGCGACAAGUACGGGCAGAUGGAGGCCAAGUACCAGCGUGAGGUCAACGACAUGCAGAACCAAAUGCUGGAGGAGAGCCAGAAGGUGCUGGAGCUGCAGAUGGCUCUGGACAGCCGCGACAGCGACAUGGAGCAGCUACGCGCCGCCCAGCAGAGCGCCGGCACGGACGCCACCGGCGCGCUGGUGCCGCACGCCGACCCCGCGUGGACGCUCGUGCACGGCCUCGCCGACGACUCGCGCCUCGAAGGGUGGCUCUCUCUGCCAAACAAGAGCAACAUCAAGCGCUACGGCUGGAAGAAGCAGUUUGUGGUCGUCAGCAGCAAGAAGAUCCUCUUCUACAACGACGAGCAGGACCGAGUCCACGCGAGUCCCAGCAUGGUGAUCGACCUCGACAAACUGUUCCACGUGAGGGCGGUCACGCAAGGAGACGUUUACAGGGCCGAGGCCAAGGACAUCCCGCAGAUAUUUCAGAUCCUGUACGCGAACGAGGGUGAGAGCCGCAAGGACCAGGACCCCGAGUCGACGGGCGCCCCGACGCCGCCGCCGGCGGCAGCCUGCCUGCCGCACCGCGGCCACGAGUUCAUCCCCACGCUCUACCACUUCCCCACGGGCUGCGAGGCGUGCGCCAAGCCGCUGUGGAACGUCUUCAAGCCACCUGCCGCGCUCGAGUGCCAGCGCUGCCACUUCCGCUGCCACCGCGACCACAUGGAGCGAGGCGACGAGGCCGUGCCGCUCUGCAAGGUAACCUUCGACAUGACCAGCGCCAAGGUGCUGCUACUGCUGGCCUCCACGCCGGACGAGCAGAAGCAGUGGGUGUCCCGUCUGCUCAAGCGCGUGCCCAAGAAGCCGCCGGGCCUCGCCGACCCAUUCCUGCGCGGCUCUCCCCGCGCCUCUGGCCGGGCCCAGGCCACCAAGGACUCGUUCCGGCGCCAGGCCCGCCCGCCGCCGCCCAACGCCGCCGCUGCCGCCAAGACCAGUUAAUGUCGGCCAUUGUGAAGAUCCACUCCGCUGUGUCCCGCCAUCAUCCCCCCCACGCUGUCACGCUCAUUCCCCCGAGACGGAACGCUCGGCGCGACGUUUACCCGGCGUUCAGAACACGAAGACUCUACUUCAAAAAAAAAAAACGUCCUUCCCCCCCCAACCCUCGCAAUGAAGAAUCGUGGCUCGGAUCGUUCGGUGCCAUCUCGGCCGAGCCGUGCGAACACUGCCGCCGGAAAGGAAUUACACGUCGGGCACAUCUUCAACGCGACGCUGUUUUAAUGCCACCGUUGCUUGUGAUGAUUGUAAUUAUGGUUCGUAUAAUUGUGUUGAUGACGGUCUGUGGCCUAGCCUGCCUGUCCCCAGGGAGUUGUGGGCAACGCUGCGGGAAGCCGAGGAAACGACGGUGGCGGUGAUGGCCGCUGUCGCUCUGAGGUCCUUGCCAGCUUACGGGGCAGGCGUCAUGGCAGCAUUUUCUGUAGAGCCUGUGGUUGAGGAACCUUUUCCUUGCUUGGGGCCUCAAAUCGAGUGUUCGGAUACCUCCCUUGGAGAGGUCCCUUGAAGUGAUCGAAGUGGCCGAGGUGAGCUCAAGUUUUAAACACACUUGUGUCCCGAUGCCGGGUCCAAAAUAUUCCCCACACCCGAUUGGCGCGGCUUCGACGCUUGCGGCGAUGGGGGUAAAGUUUGUUUUGUAGUGGUAGGUCAUAAUUAAAUUAAUUUGUGAGCCAUAUCUGGCCCGUGGACCAAAUAAGUUCCCCAUCCCCCCCAAGCUGUAGAGAAUACCCCAGCCGGCAGGUAUGCGGGUGCGUGCGUAUGCGUAUGUGUGUGCGUGUGCUCAGUAUAAACACACGUGUGGGAAGUGGGGGUGCAGUGGUGAGCGCGUUGCGUAAUCGAACCCAAGUUGGAUUACCCGCCAAGGCUAGAAUUGGUGGCAAGUGAUAUGCGAACCGGUUCUGGGCCUCUCCUAGGUCAACUCGGCCUUAAAAACGGUACAUUGUGUAAAUAUUAAGCAUUGGGAAGAGAGAGAGGUCGCCUGGAAUGUGGUGCUGACGGCACUGCCCGUAGGUGCUCCGUGCCGGCCUUAAUCAGGUGCUCGCUCACAGUCUAUACGGCGGUGUGGGGGGGUGGGGGGUCUUUGGAUCUGCAUGUAGAAUAAAACAAAUAAUUCCGGCAGUAAUACCGCACACGUGAACAAAGACAUCGCCGCUUUCGCCAUUGCCGCCGCCUUACAAUAGAAACGAACAACAACGCGAGAUCCUCGCCGGCUGACGUUUCGGGCAGUGGCCCAGAGCAGAGAGAUAGAGAGAGAGAGAAAACGGAUCGACUUAACUCCUGAAGUCUUCUAACCCUAGUCCUACCUAGUCGUAGUCGUCGCUCAAGCCAUCCAUUGUCGGGCCGUUUGGAAUAUUUCCUCCAGGUGCCGCGUUCCCAUCGAUCCCCCAGGGCUUCAUGUCCGCAUGAAGCCCUGGGGGACAACAUUUAGCGAGGAGAUUGGCGGUGCAGUGGUUGGCGCGUGGCGCGGUAAGACCGGAAACCGCGGUUCCAUUACCAGGCCGCGGGCAACGUCAUCAUUGGCGAGCGAUAUCUAAACCAGUGCUGGGCCGCCCAUUCCCCUUCGCCAGCCCCGCUGUCGCCAUUGUGGUGAAGUAUGGUGAAGGGACCCCCGAAAGCCGACAUGGCACACGGAGGGAGGCAUUCCUCCAGCAGCAGAAUUGACAAAAGUCCCGCACCGCCGAUUCCCCGCACCGCCGAUUAGCACGGUUGGCUACGUAUGGUGGGAAAGAAGUUCAACGCGUACACAAAGGGAGUAUUAAUGCCGCAUGUUGUGUUUUUGAUGUGCUUCUUGUUUACAGGUCACCAUAUAAAGUGGUCCAGAUGUCUUGUGACCACCCGCCCUCCCCUCAAUUAAUUGACCCCUGACGUUUUUUUUUUACCUUCGUAUAUUCAUUUAUGUUUUAAAUAACCCUUAAAAAAAGAUUACGUUUUACAGAAUUAAAUGGGGGGGAAGGUCACAAGACAUCUGGACCACCCCGUAUUUAAAUGUACUCGUCUAUGUGUGAGUAGGCUCAUAACCCGUCACUGUGAUUGUGACAUGAGUGGAGCAACUCUGGUACACGCAUAGACACUGCUGUGAAGAUGAAUUUGCACGCUGCAGGAUGUGCGUGGGAUAAAAGAUUGCGAAAACACGAAAGCGGGUUCAAGCCAAGAAAUCGAAAAUUCUUAUUUUUACAAAGUGUCCUUUGUAUCGAACGCUGCGGUGUUCUUUGUGAUACGCGCACGUAUCCGGGGUAUGUGGUGCCGAUUUUCAGAUGAACCAAACAAAGAUAUCUGAAAAUCGGGCCGAUGUAGAAACGACAUUUCGGUUGAUCCAGGGGAAAAAAAAAAGAAAAAAGGUCGAUUUUCGAUUGAUCCGAAACUUUUGACGUCACAGGACACGAUGUCACUUUUGUUCCGUCGCUUCCAAAGCAACUUCUCCCACCCGAGGUGACGUCACGUGACGUCGGGGCACGUGACGUUUUAGCUCGAAGACGCAUUCAAUUACCACGUGCUGCACGCCGUCCGGGAGGUCUGACAAUUCCCCCUCGGAAAUCCAGCGUCGUCCGAAGGUUUUGCGUCCCCGAAGCUCAUCGCAUCGUAAGCGGUGUUGUCAUUUUAGCCUGAACGCAGUUCCCUUGAAUUCCCGCCACGUCCGCCUCAUCCUUCUUUGUCCCCGUGGUUUCAGUCGCGUUGCCAAACCACUCCCGGAUUGGCCGGGAGUCUUUAACCGGAAUUUUGCAACCAUCUCCCGGUGACUCUUGAGAGCAAUCCGGCAGAUUUUAAGAGGAUAUUUUGGUAAAAUAAAUGGAUAAUAAUUGACAUUUGUCCAUAAUAGUUUUUUUGGGGGUUAGAGCGUGUAAAUAUUUGUCAUGUGUCGUUAAACCCGCCACCACUCGAGACGGCCAAAUUAGUACGGGUUGUCACGCACACAAAACGUGCCAAUUCGUCACUAGUACAACACACCGGUUUGUUGGAGAGCCAAGCCACAACAUUUACAAUCUGAGUACGACGUUUCGCCAGUAAUUAGAACUAGCUUCAUCAGGCGACAGCCAAAUCUGGCGAAACGUCUUACUCAGAUUGUAAAUGUUGUGGCUUGGCUCUGCAACACCACCGGCGUUGCUGGACGAGUAACGAAUUGGCACGUUGUGUUUACGUGACAACCCUGGCUAAUUGGCUGUGUCAAGUGGUGACGGGUUUAACGACACAUAGAUUUACACGAUCUAACUUCAAAAAGAAACCCGUAUUAUGGAUGAUAUUGGUCGUAAAAGCCGACGUGUUAAACCGAAUUAACAUUCGUAAGGCGCAUCUUAUCCGUAGAUCCCAAUGACCAUGAUUUAUACAGAAGUAACAUUCUUUUUUUAUCAAUGACAAUCCUUACACCCACGCGAUAAGAUGGUGACUCGACGUUGAUUUUGUCAACGAGUUGAACAGUACAACAUUGCGUAAUGUUGUAAAAUAAUAAUACAAAUUCUCCCGGAUUAGCUUCAGUCGAGAGUUGGCCACCCCAGUGUGUACAAUGAUAGCGGAUUGUUGCGGAUAGGCGUUUUGUGCCUCGCGCCAAUAAAAGCCCAGCCGACGAGCACAAUUCGGCCUCUUGUGCAAGAACACAAACAGAAUUUGCGUCUGACGCCUUUCCAAGUUAAAUAACAGCUGCCUGUACGAAGCCAAAGUCGCGGUCACGUUGAAGAAAAAGCAAAAGCACAUUCCUAACGUUUUUACUUCACAAUUGUCGCUAUUACUUUUACGGCCAUAGGGAGGGAAAGCCACGUGGUGGUUGAUAUCCACCAGUCCUCGGGCAGACGAAUCUUCGUCGAGUGUUCAGCAAUUCGUGUUUCUGUUGGGGUGUUGGAGGACCUUAGGCCCGGAGUAAACGGGCCAUGUCGAGGCGCUUCUUCCUGUGCCCUUCUGCCCAGCGGAGCCGCUGCCAGGGCCUGGCUGUGUGGCAUCCCCGUCACGCCGGGCGCCAACGUGCGCCGCUACUUGCCGUCAGCCGAGAGGCUUCCGUGGGCCAGCGCGUUGGAACAAUCCGCUGUGUUGCGGGGGGGGGGGGGGGGGGGCCUCCCAAGCGUGCUCGUGAUUGUUUUCGCUUUCCGCUGCAGUCGGCGACGAGUUCGGUUGAGCGUCUGGUGCGCACGAUCGCGGCUGCGAAGGGCGGAGUUUACUAUCGUUUUAUUUAUGAGGCACGGUAAAUAUUUUUUAUAUAUAUAAAAAUCUAUACGGUAUAUGUAUCGUUACAAGUCGGUCCUGCACGCAAUCUAUAAAACGAUGGUCACCUA